UUACGCCAGGCACGUGUGCAGUCCCGGAAGCGGGUCGGGGAAGCUGCCCGGCGCCAGCCGCGGAGGAAGCGCAGCCCGGUCCGCUCGGGUCGGGUCCGGCCGGGCCAUGGAGCCGUCGCCAGAGCCCUCGCCCCGGUCCGGUCCCCGCUGUCUUGUGCUUCUCCCUCUGCUACUGCUGCUGCCCGGGCCGGAGCUGGGCCCCAGCCAGGCCCGCGCCGAGGAGACCGACUGGGUUCGACUGCCCAGCAAAUGCGAAGUGUGUAAAUACGUUGCUGUGGAGCUGAAGUCAGCCUUUGAGGAAACUGGCAAGACCAAGGAGGUGAUUGACACCGGCUAUGGCAUCCUGGACCGGAAGGCCUCCGGGGUCAAGUACACCAAGUCGGACUUACGGUUAAUUGAAGUCACUGAGACCAUUUGCAAGAGGCUCCUGGACUACAGUCUGCACAAGGAGAGGACCGGCAGCAACCGGUUUGCCAAGGGCAUGUCAGAGACCUUUGAGACCCUACACAACCUGGUACACAAAGGGGUCAAGGUGGUGAUGGAUAUCCCCUACGAGCUGUGGAACGAGACCUCUGCAGAGGUGGCUGACCUCAAGAAGCAGUGCGACGUGCUGGUGGAAGAGUUUGAGGAGGUGAUCGAGGACUGGUACAGGAACCACCAGGAGGAGGACCUCACUCAGUUCCUCUGCGCCAACCACGUGCUGAAGGGGAAGGACACCAGUUGCCUGGCAGAGCAGUGGUCUGGCAAGAAGGGGGACACAGCAGCCCUGGGAGGGAAGAAGUCGAAGAAGAAGAGCAGCAGGGGCAAGACACUGGGUGGCAGUGGCAGCAAACAGAGGAAGGAGCUCACUGGCCUCGGAGGAGACCCCAGCCCUGAAGAGGAGGAGGGCAUCCAAAAGGCAUCCCCCCUCACGCACAGUCCCCCUGACGAGCUUUGAGCCUACCCCAGCAUCCCCGGACGCGAAACCCUGACCUGGAAGCUGAAGAGUUGGAGCGUGGCUCCUGCGGGCGAAGACGGCUUUCUGCCUUGCGGUCGCCCUGCCCGGGCAGCGCCCUCUUCUGCCCAGGAAAGAUGCAGCCUGGGGCAGGACUCGGAUCAGCUGUGGUCAGCCGUGCUGGCCUCUUCCCUCUCUCCUGACAGGCUGCAGGCCAACCCCGCCGUGUCAGGACUGCUGAGGACUCUGGUGUGACUCUGGGGGAGCCGGCUUCCAGCUGGGCCCAGGGCUGGAGCCCCCUGGAGCUCACGGGCCACGCCUGGCCUUCACCACCCUCACUUCUCCCCACACUGGGAAACAAGGCUGCAGGCCCCCGGUUCCCCUCCAUUGACCCCUCCUGUGGACACCUUGCUCUCUGCCCGGUCCUCACUAGGGCUCACAGAGUAAAAAUCUUUUUGGCCUUUU